CGCCGCGCCGCCGCGCCCGCACAUGCUCACUGGCCGCGGAGGGCACCGUCGGCGGUAGGGGCUGGUUCCGCCGGCGGAGGACCCGCGCUUUCCCUCGGACUGGGCCGCGACAUGGCCCUCCGCCGAUUUCCCGCUCGCACUCGGGCCUGAUAGCAGAGGUCGGGGAGGAAGCAGCAGACCGUGUGGCGAGACUGAAGAUUUCUCUGAAGCUUAACCUUCAAGAUGAAGUUCUUACUAGCAGUUUUCUUUUUUGUCUCAUUCUCGUUGUGGGUUGAUGAAGUCUGUUCCAAAGAGAAGUCUUCAAAGAAAGGAAAGGGGAAAAAGAAGCAAUAUCUAUGUCCAUCCCAACAAUCAGCGGAAGACCUUGCAAGAGUACCUGCUAAUUCUACCAGCAAUAUCUUGAACAGGCUAUUGCUUAGUUAUGACCCUAGGAUAAGGCCUAAUUUCAAAGGCAUUCCAGUUGAUGUUGCAGUCAAUAUCUUCAUUAACAGCUUUGGGUCAAUUCAAGAGACAACUAUGGAUUAUAGAGUCAAUAUCUUUCUGAGACAGAAAUGGAAUGACCCCAGACUCAAACUACCUAAUGACUGGAGAGGUUCAGAUACGCUGACAGUGGACCCAACUAUGUUUAAAUGUCUUUGGAAGCCAGAUUUAUUCUUUGCAAAUGAAAAAAAUGCUAACUUCCACGAUGUCACACAAGAAAAUAUCCUUCUUUUUAUAUUCCGAGAUGGAGAUGUCCUUGUCAGCAUGAGAUUGUCUAUUACUCUGUCGUGCCCUUUGGAUUUGACUCUGUUUCCUAUGGAUACACAGCGCUGCAAGAUGCAACUGGAAAGCUUUGGUUACACAACUGAUGACUUACGGUUUAUCUGGCAAUCUGGAGAUCCUGUGCAGCUAGAGAAAAUUGCUCUGCCUCAGUUUGAUAUUAAAAAGGAAGAUAUUGAAUAUGGUAACUGUACCAAGUAUUAUAAAGGCACAGGUUAUUACACUUGUGUAGAAGUAAUCUUCACUUUAAGAAGACAAGUUGGAUUUUACAUGAUGGGUGUUUAUGCUCCUACACUGCUAAUUGUUGUUCUGUCCUGGCUGUCAUUUUGGAUCAAUCCCGAUGCAAGUGCUGCAAGAGUCCCACUGGGUAUUUUCUCAGUGCUCAGCUUGGCAUCUGAAUGUACCACUCUUGCUGCUGAACUUCCCAAAGUGUCUUACGUGAAGGCCUUAGACGUCUGGCUGAUUGUUUGCCUUCUCUUUGGGUUUGCAUCCCUGGUGGAGUACGCAGUGGUUCAGGUAAUGCUAAACAAUCCAAAGAGAAUUGAAGCUGAAAAGGCAAAGAUUGCCAAGGCAGAGCAAGCAGAAGGGAAGGGUGGAAAUGCUGCCAAGAAGAACACUGUGAAUGGCACAGGGACCCCGGUCCACAUCAGCACUUUACAGGUUGGUGAGACCAGAUGCAAAAAAGUUUGCACUUCGAAAUCUGAUCUAAGAUCCAACGAUUUCAGCAUUGUUGGAAGCUUGCCAAGGGAUUUUGAAUUAUCGAAUUAUGACUGUUAUGGGAAGCCCAUUGAAGUCAACAAUGGGCUUGGGAAAUCUCAAGCCAAGAACAAUAAGAAGCCUCCUCCUCCCAAGCCUGUUAUUCCAUCAGCAGCAAAGAGAAUUGAUCUUUACGCAAGAGCACUGUUCCCUUUUUGCUUCCUGUUCUUCAAUGUCAUAUACUGGUCCAUAUAUUUAUGAUAAAUCUUUUCUGUUUCUUUUUUUUCAUAUGUGUAAAAUAUAUCCCACUUCAUUACCCCUUCCCAGUCAUGAAGGCCACUGUGUGAAGCUAUUUGCAUUUGCAAAGCAAUACGUUUCAUUUUGAUGCCAUGCAAUGAAGAUAUAGCAUCUGAAAUCUGAAUGAAAGCAUGACACUGCAAUGUCUGUGCUCCAACCAAUGGUGUAUAUAAAUGUACAGCAUAUAUCCUGCUUUAGGAGUAUACAUGAAGGACCAUGCAUACUACACUGUAAAGCUGAUUAAUGCUCUUCAGUUAUUAGCGACAUACAGAGAUUUAAAGUGUUUCUGACAAUGAAACUGAUGUGCACGUUGACUAUUACUAAAAUCAGUAUUCUAGUAUACGUAGCAUUUAACAGCUUCUCUGCUGACUUCCAGAGGGAAAGAGGGGAAAAAAAAGAAACAACAACAAAGUUAACAUCUUGUAUAGUUUUAGAUGGCACCGUGGAAGAAAAAAGCUAAGAUGCAAUUGGUAUUAUUUAGACUUUGUUAGUGAAAGCAGUGUUGAAGAAGCUGAUCUUGUCUAUGUGGAAAAAUAAAGAUCAGAAUUACUAAUUUUGUAAAAUCAGCUCACUUAGGAAAAAAAGAACAGAUGUAUCCAUCAAGCAGGCACACUUAAGUGUGUGACAACAUGCUGACAAUAAAACAUUGGGGCAAGUUUUGACUGCUGUUUCCUUAGGCACAAACUGGGUGCAAUGUAUGAAAAACAAACAGGCCAGUUUGUAGAAUAAAAGUAUCAGGAGUUUUGGAGAACUAUCACAAGAUGGCUCAUCUUCUGUGACACCUGGCAAACUUGCAAUAUAGGUCACAAUUUUCCUGUUCUUACUCUAUUUACCUUGUUCAUCCCCUUGAAAGCUUUCAUUUUAUACAAAGCAGUUGUUGUCUAGAUGAAAUCCCAUUUUUCCUGCUACUUACACUAGCAGUUUGCCUGUUGUAGCACAGAUUACCAAAGCUACACCUGGCCACCAAGAGAAGUGAAGCUGUGUCUGUCUUCAGGUCUAAUGCCCAAGAAGCUGAGACUCUUAAAGAUAUCAUAAGCCUUUGUGCCUAUGUCUUAAUUAAUGCCUGCCCUCACCAACUCAUUAAUUUGGCUACUGCUUUUUGGAGAAUAACAUUCUGUGCAUGAAACAGUUCUGACAGGAGACUGCUCUUUCUUUUCCCUAUGAUAUGGGGACUACCUACACAUGAUCUCCAUGGGUGCGUGGAGCCUAGGGCCUGUGGUCUCCUCUGGGUGCCAUGGUACAUCCCUUCAUAAAGGCAAGUCAUGAGAUGAAUGCAGCCAGAAGAAAGCAGCUUGUCCAAGAAGCACAUGUGCCCUGCAAAUGCAUAGGGACUGAGGCUGAGGUAUAGAGAGUGUCCUGUGAAGAAACAUGUCUCUGCUGGUAAAGCUAGGGCACCGCACUCAGUUAAGCUAUUGAAAAGAAGACAGAUCUCACUAACUUGGCAACUCAUAAAAGGUAAUAUGGUUUAUUGACUCCUCAUAGUCUGGGAAGGGACUGAAUUAAAUACAUGAAACCUUCCAUCACAAGGAAACAAACACAGUGUCACCUGUGCUGCAUUUCUAGCUCAUCCAGGAUGUGUUGAGCUUAUGCAGGCCAUGAGUGGAGUGUUGGAUCACUUGAGAAUCACCCACCACACGAAUGCUGGGCUCAUAUAGUGAGCCUGCACAACCAGAAGGUCAAAAAUGGGAAUAUGAAAGAGUGAAGCAUGGCAGUUCGGCUUAAUUGGGCAUUUAGCAGAUCUGCACGCACCCAGGGUUUAUCCUAACUACUGCCACUUAGUGAUCAACAGCCUGAUUGCAGCAAUUCACGUUUGGGUUCAAGAGCUCUGCUCUUCAGAAGGUGGUCAUGUGUUUUCCACCAGCUUCCUGGCCACUUUCUUGUGGAGAUUUCAGGGAACCACUAUACCAGGUGGUCACAGUUUGCCCUUCGGAUUUCUUUCUGGCCUGAGGAAGCAGAAGGGAAAUCUCCGAUGUAACUGAGCCAUAUUAACCCAGUAGGGGUGUGAGGAAAUGGUAUCCUUAAAGUCUAACUCAAAAGUUUAAGUGUUUCUAUCUGUUGAAGUUAUGUACAGAAUUGUCAGAGACUCUAAGAAACAGCGAGGUUAAGUCAAAGAGACGAAGGAAGGGGUAAUUUUUAUACAUACAACCAGAGUGCUAUAUUUAUAGAUAUUAUCUAUUCUCAUACUUGUAUUUUUUUCUUACAGUACUGGAAGGCAAGAAAAUAAUUAUCCUGCAUUGGGAAUUAUACGAAUUUGGGAAGAUAAUUUUCUUGUUAGAACUCUUAUUAAAUGAUUUCUCUGUAAUUAAUGUCCACAUUCUAUCUGUAUAAUAUCAAUUAUAGAUUCUGUUGUUAAAUUAA